UAGUACGUUCGUCGGAACAGUCCCCGCCGGUGUUGUGGCUCUGGUCUUGUGUUGCGGUGGUAUGGAGAGCUCGGGUCACGAUGCAGCUAUGUCGGCGCUAUCGUGGGUACCAGUGAACAUAGGGGGUUCCAAGCUGUUGGGCAAAGCCUGGUUCGGUGACACAGAAUAUCGAGUACUGCUGAGUGACCUGAACAACGUGUGGGAAGAAGACAUGAGCACAGAGAGCAUCCAGAGUCGUGCACAGGAUCUGAAUAAGCGUCUAAGGGCUCCAGUGCAGGCGUUCUUUGCUCGCUUGCGCUCGGUGGCUUUGCCAUGUCUCUCUGGACAGUUACAUAACCAGAGUACAGCACAGUUCUCCCUGGAGCAUCAUGGCAAGCACCUAACUGUCAGACUCAAGAGUGAGCUAGCAGGAGUUCCUUUUCACUGGGAAUUCCGCUUCACCCAUGCCCCUGUAGCAGUGGUGUCCACACAGCUAGUGCGCCCUCUGCUGGCUGUGACUCGAGUGCUGCAGAGGCAGGUUGGAGAACUGGCUGCACUGCUUGUGAGGAAAGAUGCUGAAAUACUGGACUACAAAGAGAAUGGAGCUGUGCUCAGCAGAGGCCGGCUACAGACCGAGCCGUUUCAGGAGGAGACAUACCGAGAAAACUUCAUCACCCGGACUCUUCCUCAGAUGAAUAUUCUUCAGGACAGUCUGGAGUUUGACUCUGAGCUGCAGGAGCUGUAUCUUGCCGUGAGCACCAUGAGAAACACCUCAAAACGAAAGCGACUUGGUGAACACAGUUCUGCCUCAGUGGACAGCUUCAGCUUUGUACCUGAGAACCCUGUGCCCGAUCAGGACCAGGCGGGCAGUGUACCCUCAGAUAUGAGGCCUACAUCACCUGUAUCUGAUCAAAGUGAUGUCCGGCAGCCAUCAGAAGAAACGCAGGAUACGGACAGUGAACAGACUGUGCCACUUCUACCUGCUGCGGUAGUCGAUGCAUCUGCAGACCGAUCGACCACACGUCCCAAGAAGAAGAAAGCCCUGGGGCUCUUCCGAUGACAUGUUGCUUUUGCACCUCUUUCAAACUGUAUGAAAUUCUUUGUCUUCAGUGGACUAUCAUUUAAACCUUUAACUAAAAUUCAUCAAUAAUUUUCUUUUUUAAAUAUACAUUUGCAUUUUAAUUUUGUAUGUUUAUUUGAAAUUGUUUUGUGGUGAUGAAUAAAAAUGUAAUAAUUUGUUUCGAAAUUCCGCGGAAUGGGAUCGUUUUGAAACACUGUAUUUGUCUUUGAUAGUAACAUUUUAUUGUACAAUGCACAUUAGAAAAAAGUUACCGGUAGAGACCCCCUUUUGGUUGUUAGCGGAACUGCAUUGUGCAUCGCGCAAGGCAUCAGUAAUAGAGAACUAAGAUGUUAUUAACGCAUUUUGAUAGAUUUUCAUUUUAUUAAAGACAUGUCUCUAAAUUCUUCCAUUAGAAGGACUGAUGGAAGAGACGGAUCAUCAUGAUGGCAGUUGACGGGUAUAGAGUGUCCCGUCUCCAUUAAUAAAACCGGACCUGACAGCUACGAUUUA